UGGCAUAAUUGGAAAAGUUCUAGACAAGAGGCCGGAUAUCGAUGGCAAAAGUCCCAUGGCCUGGGCGCCUUGACGCGCGAUUUAGAAAAUUCUUUGGGCUACAUGUACAUAUGUUGCGUAUCCCCCUGUUCGGUCUGUUGGGUUGAAUCAUUUAAAAUCCCCUUCUAGGCAUCAAGCCAUCUUUUGUUUCCUUUCGUUUUCUUUUGGGCACUUCAUUUGGUCACCUACUAAAAGCUCUUCGCCUUGGCAACUUGCUCUUCAACUCACCGUCAUGAAGACUAACACACUCCUCUUUGCGGCCUCUAUGGCUGUGACUGUGGCCGCACAGAGUCUAUCAGACUACUUUCCUCAGUGUUCCAUUGACUGCCUUGAAGAUGCGACUAAGAAGGCAACCGACUGCUCCGUAACUGACGCAGUCUGCUUCUGUGUUCAGAGCAACUACGAGGCUAUCUACAACCAGGGGCUGACGUGUGUGCUCAAAGACUGUGGCAAGGAUGUUGCCGUCGACAAGGUCCUCCCCGCUGCUAUCCAGUUUUGCUCCGCUGCCUCUUCUUCCGCGACUGCAGCGGCCACAGCCAAUUCUGCAUCUACGACCGCUGCCACAACUCCAAAGACUACGCAAGCGACUCAAACCACGGAAGCAGCAGAGACGACAUCGUCUGCUCAGUCAUCCGCAAAGCCCACAACUACAGCAGCUGUAACCUCAAAUACCGUGGCAUCUGGUCGACCUGCGUCGACUACAGGCACCACGACUUCGCUGAGCACUGCGGCUGCGGCUGCUGCGAAGCCAUUGGUCACCGCCGCAAUGCUUGUUGCCGGCGCAGCAGUGGCAAUGAUUUAAGAGUUAUACGUAUAAGCGAGAUUGAUCUUUUACCAUCUACCAGAUGCUCUUUUCGAUUUAGAUCGGAAGCGUGGUGGGAACUUGAAACCAGAAUCUUGUGAUAGCCCAGUUCGAUCUGAAGAUGCAUGUAUGACAUGUAUGGACAGGAUCAUUCCUAAUUGAUUAAACAAGGACUAGCUUUCCAUGCAGGUACCGAUGAUAGGUUGGGACAGAGAUAAUUUUUAAUAGAAUUAUAUAUGUUGUGAUACUCACCCUUUUGCGACGUGUAGUUGCAGGCAUGUCGAGAAACGACGGUCAAA